AAUCUACUCCUGGAAAUAAACGAAUCCACAAUCAACCAGAUUACUACCUUCGUCGAAACUACUGAUCCUCAACCAGCACCUGGCAGAGUCUCUUCGGCAAUCAUUCUCACAGGUCCGAGUAUUGCAUCUCACGCUCUACUCUUUUCCCAACUAGCCACCAGUAUUGGUCAAGCUGAUGGAAGCAUCUUUGUACCUUUGACCUCUUCCUUGGCUCCAAAUCUCAAGACUCUGCUGAAAAUCCUCAUCUCCAAGGGAACUUCUUCGGACGCUCAAUCUGACGAUGAGGAUGAGGUCGAUGCUGUCAAACCGACUCGCAAACGGACGCGUCUACUUAACUAUGACCUUCAACUCCUCCGAUGGCAGGAUAGAAUACCCUUCGUCUUCUUCUUUGGUGUCGCUACAUCCAUCGAGAACUUUUCCGUCAAACUGUCCAAGAAGGCUACUCGCUGUAUCCAAGGUCAACGCUUCGAUGUAGUCAAGGCAGAAAGUGCUCUUGAACAGAUUACUGAUGCGCUUUACUCUUCCCUUGACACGAACACGCCUAGUCUUUGGAUGGGCCCCGGCAUAUGUUCUGCCACACUACGACGUCAACGAGAGCAUAUUCAGAGUCUCGAUGCUUUCGUGGAUAGUGUUCAAACANNAGUAGAAACACUGCUCGAAGCCGGCGAAGCUUCAACCCCCAAACGCUUAUUAGACAGUGACGAAUACCUCUUGAACUAUGUCAAAGAACAAAUUACGACUGGACAUCAAGCUCUGGAGUCUAUGCUGAGCACAGUGAACACAAUCGCAGCAUUGCAAAAACACAUACCCGCAUUACAACAACAGCUCAAAUCGACCUUGCUGGUUGAUGCCCUCGCUGGUCAACUCAGAGAUUCCAACGUUGAGAGAAACAUGUUCAUGUAUCUCAAGAAGUCAAACUCGGAAGCUCUGUUGCUAACAAUACAGCACGUAUUACCAACCACAUCUGGAGACCUGCACAAGCUAUGUGCAAAGCUUUUAAAAGAACUCGAAAAACUUCAAGCCCAGCAAAAAGAUGGAUCAGCUCUGCGCAGUGAACAGGAUGUGCAUAACGCCACUUUAAGAACAACAGUCGUCGCCAANAAGGUGGAGUUGAGCAAGCAAAAAUCCACGCUUACCAAAAGUGAUGCUGCUUACUCUGGCAUUCUGCGACGCUUUGUCGAAGCCUUGGAAACGCACUUUGACGCGACACUCAUUGAUCCAAAAGAUUUGGCCUUCAACGAGAUCUUUGUGUACGAUCUCAAGUCACCCCAUCGCGAUGUGUUUACGCCCAAACCUCGGGCUGCCAUUGAGCGUGCAUUGGCUUCUCCUCACGAUUAUCUGGACUGCGAGUGUUGUGCGCCAGAUGUGGGCACAGGAGAAGAGAAUACAUUGGCUUCUACCCAGCCAUCGACUGCCAUCUUGUAUCAGCUGUAUCUCGAGGGUGGAGCGUUGAUGAAUGUUGCGGAUUUGCGGACUGCAUUCGUGACGAUUCUGGGAGAUGAUCAGGAUGAGGUGUUGACAAAUGCUCUGUUCCAGCGUUCGUUGGCUGAACUGCGAUAUCUGGGCUUGGUGAGAGGAACGAGGAAAAAGGCAGAUCACGUCAUGAAGAUAUCGUGGAAGGGAGUUUAG